AUGUCACCUCAACCGGUUUUAAAGGCUUCAGAUAUCUCGCCGGAGUUGAAGGAUGCGAUUUUGAAUAUCACUUCAAAAGCUACUGAGGACUUCUCGCUGGAGAGAGAGAUUGCCGGGGUGAUAAAGAAGGAACUGGAUAUCAAGCAUGGCAAUACCUGGCACGUUAUUGUGGGAAGGAGUUUCGGGAGCUAUGUAACGCACGAAAAAGGCCAUUUCAUGUAUUUUUAUAUCGGCCCCUUGGCAUUUCUUGUUUUCAAGACCGCAUAA